GCAGCCAUUAUUCCCCUGGAAAAAAAACAUACCUUGAUUACACCAAAAAGUAUCAAAAUCUAAUCUGAAAACUAAUAGAAUUAUUUACAAUCUGAAUCCCCACAUAACUAUUUACAAUUAGUUCACCUUCUCCUCAAAAACACCACCACCAACAUAUUAAAAAAAACUGCCAAACCAGUUCAAAUUAUUGCUACUUAAUUAGCAAGUGGCCGUGGGUUUUUUCAGUACUUCAGUUCUUGAUUCCGGUGGCUGCAUUGCUAUAUGAUCAUGAGGCGAAAAGACACCAAACCAAAGGUAUAGAUGCUUUAUCCAGAGGCAAUCAAAUAAAUAAAAGAUUGGAGGACUUUAUUUGCGUUAAAAGAAACAAACCUGUGGCCUGUUAAAGCUAAAGUUGAUUGAGCAAAAGCAACUAAUAACCCAAUAAACAAAAUUAAAAGCACCAAUAAGCAGUCUACACAAACAUAUGAGAAAAGCCCUACAAAUUUUAUUUUUUUUGGAAAGAAAAUAGGUUGACCGAAGAAAUUGGGCCGCAGAGCCUCUGAAGCACGCUUACACCAGAAAAGGGUCUCUUUUUUCUGCCACUCAUAGUCUCAUACCACUGUAAAUAUCUUUUUUACCAUAUUUGCCUUUCGUUUCAAUUCAGGCAGCUGUUACCAAAACUUGCUCACAAAUCAAGUCCUGCAUGUCCUUUGUUUUUGACUAUAGAGGCUACAGCUCAGAAAUCGAGUUAAAUAUGGUCUAAUGGUUUAGGAUUAGAUCAGAGAUAGUAAAUCAAUUUCUUAUUUAAUAAUUAUUGUAACAAUAUUAUUGACUUCUUAAAGUAAGUAAACUAGCUUUCCGCAGCUUUUCUCUGGACCUGCCCUUCUCAUCUUUAGAUUACCUUGACAUUAGCGCAAUUAACUCCUUUCAAGAACAGCAAAUUCAGUCCAAGUUCAGAAAAAGAUAAAAAGAUUGGAUCUUUGAUUAAACAGCAAAGCAUAACUCACGCCGGAAUCCAGCUCUCACCGUCCAUUUCUUGUUUUCCAGAUUCCAUUCUUCCCCCCCACUAGCUCUCCUUCCUUCCUUGCUUUCUCUCUCUAAUUAACACUCACCCUUCCAUUUCUCUAGCCCUGCUUCUCAAUCCUUCAUGAGCAUUAAACCCCAAAAUCACAACAGUGUCAACGCCGCCUUCCGCUCUCUUCACACUUUACCUUUUCCCCCUCAAAUUUUUUUUCUCCGGUUGUUUUCUUUCUUUCUCCGGUUGAUUUUUGUGGUUUUGGUGUUCUUCUAACACCGAAAAAAUGACUGUGGAGCAAGGAGUUGGAGGGAAUCAGGACCAGUUCCCCAUCGGCAUGCGGGUACUAGCUGUCGACGAUGACCUAACUUGCCUCAUGGUUCUGGAAACCCUGCUUCGCAAAUGCCAAUAUCAUGUGACUACUACUAGUCAGGCAAGGAUGGCAUUGAAGAUUUUGAGAGAAAGGAGGAACGACUUUGACCUUGUUAUCAGUGAUGUUCAUAUGCCAGACAUGGAUGGUUUCCAUUUACUCGAGAAAGUUGGGCUUGAAAUGGAUCUCCCUGUCAUAAUGUUGUCAGCUAAUGGUGAUCCGAAGGUGGUGAUGAAGGGGAUUACUCAUGGCGCUUGUGAUUACUUGCUGAAGCCAAUUCGGAUUGAGGAACUCAAGAACAUAUGGCAGCAUGUUGUAAGGAGGAAGAAGACUGAUAAUAGGAGCAAUGUUGAUAGCACGGUGAAGCCUCAUUCUCAGAGUGGCGAAGCAACAUCGGACCACAAACUGAACAAGAAAAGAAAGGACCAAAAUGGUGAAGACGAUGAUGACCUUGAUGAGAAUGGAAAUGACAAUGACGACCCCAGCAGCCAGAAGAAACCCCGAGUUGUUUGGUCUGUGGAGCUGCAUCGCAAGUUUGUCUCUGCUGUCAAUCACUUGGGCAUCGACAAGGCUGUACCAAAGAAGAUUCUGGAGCUAAUGAAUGUUGAGAAGCUGUCGAGAGAAAAUGUGGCAAGUCACCUUCAGAAAUAUAGGCUUUACCUCAGAAGGAUCAGCACAGUGGCGAACCAGCAUGCUAACAUGGCAGCAGCUUUAGUGAGCACAGAUGCUUCAUAUUUGCAAAUGGGUGGUUCUUUGACCGGAUAUGGGUUACAUAAUGUUGCUGGAAAUGGGCAAUUUCAUAAUGGAGCAGGUUACAGAUCUGUAAAUCCGAAUGGCAUGCUCGGGAGGUUGAAUUCACCAGCUGGUAUGAGCAUUCACGGUCUUCCUUCUUCUGGAAUGGUACAAGUAGCAUCUCAUGUACAAGGUGGCAGAAACCAUUUGACUACUAAUCAGAGACAGUUCCAGUCAGGAAUAAGCAAUGCAGAUGUUUUACAAGGGAUGCCGGUUUCGCAAGAACUUGAUCAAAUACAGACGAACAAUAAGGGGCUUAAUUACAUUAGACAACACAUUCCUUCUGCUACUGAAACUACUACUGCUUCUUUCCCUCCUGACAUGAGUAUGGUUGUUGGCAGUGGCUCGAAUGGUUCGUUCGUGGUAGGGGCUUCAGAAAAGCCCUUGCUCCUUGAUCAUGGUCGAUGCAAUGAGAACUGGUCAAAUGCUUCUGCUCAUUCCACCGGCAGUACAACCAUGUUCCUUGAUCAUUGUGAUGUCCCUUCGCGCUCUUCACUGCCGAUUCAUUUUCAGGGCACAAAAGCAGACUCAGGAUGUCGGGUUGCUUCUGCUGGCAGUAAUGGUGCCCAAAUGAUGAGUAAUGCUCCACAGCAGGGCUGGGAUAGAUUGGCUGCACCUUCUUACAACCACUUCAAUAAUGUGGGAUCAAGUUCAGUGAACUUGUCGAUUCAAGAUAAUGGUGGGGUGGAUAUGAUUAAUCAGAGAUGGGAUGCAAAUAAUGCAAGCUUGCUGAGAACUCCGAGCUUCAGUUCAACUGGACAAUCGAAUUUCUUGGAUACAUCGUCGGUGAAACAUAAUGGUCUAUCAGUGGAGAUACCUCGGGUGUCGAUUGCACGCCAACCAAACCAGCAACAUAAUCUGCAGACGGGUCACAGUCACUUUGGCUCCUUGGAAGAUGUAGCUGGGUUUAUGACCACUCGGGAAUGGACCAGGUGAAACUAAUAAAGAAGUUAUUCUCUCGACAGUAAGUAAGCAGCAAGCAAAUGCAUAUAUAACAUAGAUUCUUAUGAGGCAUCAUGCAACCGGUAAUCAUUGGACGAAGAAGGGUUUCUUUGUGGAAUUCAUAGUUCAUUGCUUGCACCACCAUUGUAGCCUUUUCCCCACCUUUGCUCUAGAGAAUUGCAGCAAGGUGUAUGUGGUCGUUGUUUCUCACUUCCUUUCGUUUUGUCUCAUCGCCUCUGUUUUAACUUAGAGCCAGAGUGGAAAUUUUCGUAAUAAGUUAAUAGCAAUGGAGAUCAGUUCGUAUUCUGCAAUAAAGUGUAGCCAUUGCUAGGGUGUGGAGAUUUUGUGUGUGCUGCUUCCUCUUGUUUCAUCCGAGAUGCCCUUGCGCACUCUCUACGUCGCCCUGCACCGGCCCUUUUCGCCCGUACUUGUUCAGCUAGGAUUGAGAUGAGCGGACUAUUGGUCACCCGAAUGACUCGCACCAUAUUUUCAUAUGAGAAAAAUGUUAUUUUGUUUAUUUAUACUAUUGAAUAUUCACCAUAUUUUCUAAUUGCACUGUACAGUCACAAUCGAUUUCUAAAGAUGGAGAAUAAAGAACAAUUUUGAAC